AUGCCAAAAGUUCAUUCUCAUCAUGAAAUUCGAAAAUUUUUUCAUGAUAAUGUUGAUAAAACAUUAAUCAUUUGUGAUUUUUGCGAACAAUCAUAUAAAUCAAAUACCUCAGUUUCAAAUCUUAAAC